AUGACUCGCGUUCUUCUCACUGUAGGUGGCAGCGGCUUUAUCGCCACGCAUGUUUUGGAGACGUUAUUGGCUCGCGGCUACUCGGUCGUCACUACGGUGCGCUCCCCGCAAAAGGCCCAGGCCAUCUUGAGCGCCCAUCCAGAGCUAUCGAAAGGCCGACUGGACUGUGCGAUUGUAGAGGAUAUUGCCCAGCCCGGCGCGUUCGAUCAAGCCGUCAUCUCGGAGCCGCCAUUCGAAGCUGUUAUCCACACCGCCAGCCCGUAUCAUUUCCACGCGAAGGAUGCGCAGGAAUUGUUAACACCUGCUAUCAAUGGCACCACGGGCAUCCUCCAAUCGAUACAGAAACAUGCCCCAUCCGUAAAGCGAGUCGUCUUGACUUCGUCUUUCGCCGCGAUCAAUAACGUCUAUGCGAAGGCCCAAGGAAAAGUAUAUUCAGAGGCCGACUGGUGCCCAAUCACUGAAGCACAAGCCAACGAGAGUCCCGCCAAUGCAUAUCGUGCCAGCAAGACCUUUGCCGAGCGUGCCGCGUGGAAUUUCAUCGCGAGGGAGAAACCCUCCUUCGACCUUGCCGUGAUCAACCCCCCACUCGUCCUGGGGCCGAUCGCUCAUAACCUUGCCUCUCUCAGCGCGGUCAAUACCUCCAACGAGCGGAUCCGCGACCUGGUCACCGGUGCCGCGAAGCAAAAGUGCCCCCCAACCGGUAACUAUCUGUACGUGGAUGUGCGGGAUCUAGCCCUGGCCCACAUCCUCGCCAUUGAGAAGCCCGACGCCGGCGGCAAACGCUUUUUCACCGUCGCCAGCCAUUUCUCCAACAAAGAGAUCACCGAAAUCAUCGGCCAAGAAUUCCCCGAGUUCUGCGACCGACUCCCGACCGGCGACGCUCUGGUCCCGGGCGAGUAUCCGGUAGACGGUGUGUACGGCUUCGAUAACUCGCGAGUCCGAGAGAUCCUGGGAUUGGCGUUCCGGCCAUUAAAAGAGAGCAUAGUGGAUGCGGUACAUAGUUUAUUGGAAGUUCAGCCUGAAAUCGCCCAGUAA